CGUUGGAGUCUCUUUUCAGCCGGAAGACCCGCUUUGUGUGUUUGCGGUUCCUGCAUCCUACUAGCCACUUUACUUGUUUGAUUCCGACUCCUGCACGCCGUAGAGAGGUGUCAGGUCUUUACGCGGUUGCGCCUAAACAACUGUGCCGUAGAGGAAGCUUAGGCACCGUGUCUUUACGCCGUAGGGUCUUUAGAGACCGCGACACAAGCUGUUUGCGUGAGACUGCCGGUCUUUAGGUCUUUACGCGGCGCGGGACUAUGAGGAUUACUCACGCUUGCAGCGUGCUCGCCACUGCGGCCUACGUGAUACCCGCCACCGAAACAGCCGCCUCGCGCUGGCGACGAGGCUCGGCGCGCCCCGCCCCGCUCCACGGCCUAUUCGGCGGCGGGGCGAAGGAAGACGUCGCCGCCGGCCUCGCGGACGACGAACUGGAGGUCGAGCUCACGCGGCCGCUGGGCGUGACGGUGCAGGAGGGGGCGAACGGCCGCGUGCUCGUGCAGGGCUGCCGCGCGGGCGGCUGCGCGGCGGCCGCCGGCGUCGCGCCCGGCGACGAAAUCAUAGGCGUCUCGGCCGUCUUCGGCGCCGGCGUCUGGCGGUGCGAGGGCGCGGGGCUCGACCGCGUCGAGGGCCUGAUCCGCGCGCGGGAAGGGUCCGUGACGCUGCGCCUGCGCCGCGGCGCGGGCGAGCCCGCGGCCGCCUCCGACGGGCUCGACGAGGAGGACGUCGACGCGGGCACGUUCAGCGCCAUCUUCGACGACGACGACGAGCCGUCAGCCGCCGACGGCCCGGGCGCCGCGCCCGACGGCGGUGGUGCCCUCGACGCCCUCGUCGAGUCGAUCCUGUCCGCGGACUACGCGCCGCCCGACGCCUAG